AAUAAUAAUAUUAUUUUAAAUUUAAUUUUAAUAUUAUUUUAAAUUUAAUUUUAAUGUUUAGUGGUUUCUAGUGUUUUUUUGCUUUAUGAAAAAUGAACAAUCCCCACGAGUUUGUACUGUACAGCUACGCGCUCCCAAACCAGCUGUACCAGAUCAAGCCUGACGUCGUCCAACCGGUCUCCGCCGCCGGAAUUAAUCCAGCCAACAUCGUACACAUAAUCCCAGCUGCCAGGAAUGUCUCCCUGCACCACUCACCUACGAUCCGGAUCGUUGAAAACAUCCAAAUUCAGCAACCGCUCCAGCUGGUCUGUGGCCAGCCUGCUGAACCCGUGAUCGAAACUGUUGAAAGAGAAUCGAACAAUUCCACACCGGUUAUUGUUGAGGAAGUUCCACCUCAAACAAUAGCACAGUCUGAAGACGUUCGCGCGAAGUCACCGGAAGUGCUUGAAUCCGAAUCCGUCGAAAGACCCCUGGUUCCCCUCAAACCACCCUCCAAAGCCAAAAAGAACUUCAUCUACGAGUGCGACAUCUGCGAAAGCCGGUUCCUGUCGGCCAAUUCCCUCCGUCUGCACAAAACAGGUCACCGUUACAAAAGGGACCAGGAAAAGAAGGCCUUCUCGUGUCGCUUCUGUGGGCGGCAAUUUUCCCACCAGCAAACCCUCGGCGACCACGAGAAGGUCCACAUCGACGAUCGGUACAACUGCGCGGCUUGUGGCGCUCGGUACAACUCGAAGAGUGGCCUCCGGAACCACCUGUCCAAGAAUGCGGACUGCGAUACGAGCUUCCAGGAGCGGAAGAUCGCCCACCGGAAGCGCGAAGAGGACGGCAAGCGGUGGGGUUGUGACGUUUGUGGGAAAAAGUACCGCCACCGGAAGUCGAUGGUGGAGCACCGGAGUUUGCACUACAAGCAGAACCGGUGCGAACGGUGCGGGGCGAUGUUCGAGACGAUUGGUGGAUGGAGGAAGCAUACGGCGCUGAAGCGGUGCGAGUUUUCCAAGAGUCGGUUUCGGGAUCCGGGGAGUGGUGGUGCGGAAGGUGAGGGGCAGGAUGGUGGGAAAGAGGUUUUUAUUCCCGAGGAGAGGAAACGGUUUUUGGAGCAGGUUGAGCAGUUGGAGAAGAGAAAGGCCCAACCAAGUUCCGAAAUUGAGCACAGCGAGCGUAGCUCGGACUAUUUCGAGCCGGUCAACGAGGAACCUCCGGUGGAAUCUUCCGAGGACGAAUCAAAUGAAAUCUUAGAGGAAGAAUCAAGCCCAACAAUUGAGAUUGUUACAGUUUCCACGAAUGUGGUCCAGUUAGAGCAGAAUGAGGAGGAAGAAGUGGCAAAUUCGGGUUGUGCAGAUCUCCCUGAUGAGGUUGAAAUUCCUGUGGAAUCAGCUCCGGAAUUGGAAAUUAAGGACGAGCUGCAGAGUGAAGAUGAGUUGACGAGUGAUUGUGACAACGAAGCCACGACAGUGGAGUUGGCGGUGGAAGUUCUGGAGAACGACGAAAAAGUUUCCAAACCACGAAAACCACGGACCGAAAAGAAAACCAAAUGCCACAAGUGCCCAAAAUGUCCAAAGACCUUCGGUCGCAGUUUCAUCCUCAAGAAUCACCUGAGAACCCACACCGGAGAGCGACCUUUCCUGUGCGACCUGUGUCCAAAAUCCUUCGCCGAUUCCGGAUCACUCAAAAUGCACAAGGUGGUCCACACCGAAGAGAAGCCUUUCCCCUGCCCAGAAUGUCCGGCGCGGUUCGCUCGCAAAAGCGGCCUCCGAAACCACAUCACGGUCCACUUUAACCUGCCCUGCGACGAGUGCGACCAGAUGUUUCCCUCGCGGAAGACGCUGAUGCGGCACAAGAUCAAGCACCAAGGGUUGAGGCCGUUUCUGUGUGAAAUUUGCUCGAAAGAUUUCACCACCAAGGCGGACAUGAAGGCCCACCUGCGGAUUCAUUCGAACGAAAAACGAUACUGCUGCAAGAUUUGCUCGGCCCGGUUCAACUGUCCGUCGACGCUGCGCAGGCACCGGAACGUGCACGCCCCGCCGGAAACGAGACCGAUGUGUGAGACUUGUGGGAAGUCGUUUUCGUCGGCGCAGGCGUUGCGGAAACACGAGGACAUUCAUAAAGAGUUGAGGCCGUUUCAGUGUGAAAUUUGUCAGAAAAGGUUCCGGGUUAAGGACCAUUUGAAGGUCCACUUCCGGUCGCAUUCCGGCGAGAAACCGUUUGGCUGUGAUUUGUGCGAAAAAAGAUUCGUCACGAACGGAGACCUCAAGGUGCACUACCGAAGGCACACCGGCGAGAAACCGUUCGCGUGUGAGCAGUGUGGCCAGGGCUUUGUGGUGACGGCGGGGUUGUACCGGCAUCAGCAGCAAACCGGCCAUAGCAACGCCCAGCUGCAGGCCAUCAUCGUGCCGGAGUACACGAGGGCCACGUGAUAGAUGA